CAUGGCGGCCCCUAAUAUGCUCCACUAAAAAGUUGGCGGCGGCCUUACUUACCCCUCCAAAAUUUUCGUUGCCCCUCCGAUUUCCAAAGCCGCCUCCUUUUGAGAGCCAUGAUUAUCAUCCGUUUUGCGCCGUCACAAAUCCUGUUAAUUUUUCAGCUUGCCCCGACGAUACAAGGAUACCAGGAAACGCGCAGAGACAAACUCUCUCAUGGACACUAAUUCGCGCACACAUCACUCCAACACAACAACCACCAUGUCUCCCGCGGAGGAGGCCAAGCCGGUGGGCACCGUGACAGCGGCUCCCGACCUCUUCGGAUCCAUCGGUGCUCAGGUCGACCGAGUUGCCGGCGCCACCGAGAACCAGGCGGAGGCCGACGACGAUGUGCAGCCUGUCGAGCAGAUCGAGUCUCUUUGCAUGAACUGCGAGCAAAAUGGCACAACACGACUGCUACUUACGCGCAUCCCCUAUUUCCGCGAGAUCAUCAUCAUGUCCUUCCACUGCGAUCACUGUGGCUUCUCCAACAACGAGAUCCAGGCCGCCGGCUCUGUGCAGCCGCGCGGCUCCCACAUCGAGCUGCGCCUGACGUCCAUGGCCGACUUCUCGCGCCAGGUCGUCAAGGCCGACACAGCCACAGUCAAGUUCAUCGAGCUCGACCUGGAGAUCCCGUCGGGCCGGGGCCAGAUGACCAACGUCGAGGGGCUGCUCUCGGGCGUCGUCGACGACCUCGAGUCCAGCCAGGAGCAGCGCCGGGCCGCCCAGCCCGAGGUGGCCGAGAAGGUGGCCGAGGUUAUCGACAAGGGCCGUGCCAUGCUCGCAGGCGACUCCUUCCCCUUCCGCCUCUACGUCGACGACCCGGCCGGCAACUCGUGGAUCCAGCCCGACAUGCGCGACGGCGUCGGCAAGUGGGAGAGGCGCGACUUUGUGCGCACCAAGGAGCAGAACGAGGCGCUCGGCCUGACGGACACGGACGGCCAGAUGACAUCGGGACACGACGGCGUCAUCCCGGUGGGCGGGCAGGGCCGGCUCGACGAGGGCGACAACAUCAUCCCGGACGAGGUCUACAGCUUCCCGGCCAGCUGCCCGGGUUGCCAGCACCCCUGCGUCACGCACAUGAAGAUGGUGGACAUACCGCACUUCAAGCAGGUCGUGCUCAUGAGCACCGCCUGCGACCGCUGCGGCUACCGCUCCAACGACAUCAAGACGGGCGGCGCCGUGCCCGAGAAGGGCCGCAGGCUGACGCUGCUCGUCAAGGGCACCGUCGACCUGGCGCGUGAUAUUCUAAAGUCGGAGAGCUGCGCGCUCGAGUGCCCGGACCUGAGCCUGUCGGUCAACCCGGGCACGCUCGGCGGCCGCUUCACGACGGUCGAGGGCCUGCUCACGCAGGUGCGCAACGACCUCAAGUCCCAGAUCUUCGAGGCCGACGCGACCCCCAAGCCGGGGAACGCCGACGGCCACGUCUCCAUGGAGGGCGGCGACUCGCUCGCGCCCGAGGAGCGCACGAGGUGGCGGGCCUUCUUCGCCGAGCUCGACCGCGCCAUCGCGGGCGAGCGCGAGUUCUCGGUCGUGCUGACGGACCCGCUCGCCAGCAGCUACGUCCAGAGCCUGGCCGACGACCCCGGCCAGCCCGACGGCCAGAUGACGGUCGAGGACUACGACCGCACCGAGGAGGAGGAGGAGGAGCUGGGCCUGCGCGACAUGAAGACGGAGGGCUACGAGGAGGACGCCGCAAAGGAGGAGGCGGAGCGCAAGAAGGCGGCGGCUGCGGCGGCUGAGGCCGAGGCUGGCGCCGGCGACCAGGCACAAGCUGCCGGUGAGGGUGCUGCGGCCGGUAGCUAGGGACGCAUACUGGCUGCCAAAAUCAAAAUAACGUUCAAAAAAAAUACUAAAAAAAGAAAAAGAAAUAGAGAACAGCAAACAUGAAAAGAGGCAUCAGAGCGAUCUAAAAUGUGCCCAACACCUUGGAGUCUAUGAGUGGAUGCGCCAUAACCUUUGGGACCUGCAAGACUGCCAUCCUUCUUGCGAUGGGCGUGAUAGCUACUCUUGAUAUUGCACCUCGAUCGCCAAGUUGACUUCAUCUAGCUCCGGACACAAAGUUGAAGUAAAAUUGUUAGUGCUAUAUAAUCUUUCCUAUGUGAGCUUUCCCAUGUGAGAUUUCCGAUGUGGCUUUCCUAUGGGUUUCCUAUGUGAGAUUUCCUAUGAGCUUUCUUUUUCUUUCUUUUUAUCAUUUCUAUUCCCAUUCCUAAACGCAACUAUCCACCGCAUUAUCAAUUCUAAUCCCCGUAACUUGUACUAGCAGCAUUUUAUUAUUUGUGUCGGUGCCGUCUUUUUUGUGGUGGGCGUGGCUAGGUAGGUACCUAUCUAGGUAUAUAAACAAGACACGGAUGCCAUGAAAACAGGGGCCAUGCGGAGCGAUA